GGGCGCCGCUGCCGGGGCGAGCGAGGGAGCGGAGCCGCUCGCUGCGCCGACACGCGCCGGGGGAGGGAGCUGGUGACGUAAAGGUGCCAGCCCCGUGCGAGCCCCCGGCUGCUGCGAUAGGCGGAGCGGGGCGGGGGCGUGGCUGAGCCGGAGGAGACCGUGCGCUAGGCGCGCUCCCUUCACCUCUCCAGCCUCCCGCGCCCGCCCGCCCGCGGCUGCGAGAUGGAGACGCCUCUGGUGGACGAGGAGAUGCCGGAGCGGGGCUCGGCCCCGGGGGGCGUGUGACACCCUCGCUCCCCGCCGAGCGGAGUCCAGGAUAACAAAUGUCCUAGACAUUUGUGAAGAAAUUAAUCCUCUAUUCAGUGCAGUGUGUUGAGGAUAAAAAGAAACCUUGAACAACAACCUCAUCUACUGAACAUUAUUUGUCCUGUGCAUGGAAUGCUGCAAGAGACUGAUGAAAAAAAUGGUAUGUCAUCAUGAUGCAUACACACAAGGGAGCAAAUUGGAUGCUCUCGACUUCACUUUCAUACUGGAAUUUAACAGUGUGGCUUGGAUACAUCCCAGCAAUAGCCAUCUUUACUAGUGUGUGAACUAAAAAUCAAGACAAGAUGAGGAGAUUUGUCUACUGCAAGGUGGUUCUCGCCACCUCUCUGAUGUGGGUGCUUGUGGAUGUCUUUUUACUCUUGUACUUCAGUGAAUGUAACAAAUGUGAUGACAAGAAAGAGAGGUCACUGCUGCCUGCUCUAAGGGCUGUUAUUUCAAGAAACCAAGAAGGACCUGGAGAGAUGGGAAAGGCUGUGCUCAUUCCCAAAGAUGAACAGGAGAAAAUGAAAGAGCUGUUUAAAAUCAACCAGUUUAAUCUUAUGGCCAGUGACUUGAUUGCACUUAACAGAAGUUUGCCAGAUGUAAGAUUAGAAGGAUGCAAAACAAAAGUCUACCCUGAUGAACUCCCAAAUACAAGUGUAGUUAUAGUAUUUCAUAAUGAAGCCUGGAGUACUUUGCUUCGAACUGUUUACAGUGUUAUAAACCGAUCCCCACACUAUUUGCUUUCUGAAGUUAUCUUGGUGGACGAUGCCAGUGAAAGAGAUUUUCUGAAAGCUUCAUUAGAAAAUUAUGUGAAAAAUUUGGAAGUGCCAGUAAAAAUUAUUAGGAUGGAACAACGGUCAGGACUGAUCCGUGCUCGGCUCAGAGGAGCAGCGGCUUCUAAGGGCAAGGUCAUAACUUUCCUGGAUGCACACUGUGAAUGCACUUUAGGCUGGCUUGAGCCCCUGCUGGCAAGAAUAAAGAAAGACAGAAAAACUGUUGUCUGUCCAAUCAUUGAUGUGAUCAGUGAUGAUACAUUUGAAUACAUGGCUGGGUCAGACAUGACCUAUGGAGGGUUUAACUGGAAGCUUAAUUUUCGCUGGUAUCCUGUUCCUCAGAGAGAGAUGGACAGAAGGAAAGGAGACAGAACCUUGCCUGUAAGGACCCCUACUAUGGCUGGUGGCCUAUUUUCUAUUGACAGAAACUACUUUGAAGAGAUAGGAACUUACGAUGCAGGAAUGGAUAUCUGGGGUGGCGAGAAUCUUGAAAUGUCUUUUAGGAUUUGGCAGUGUGGAGGCUCCCUGGAGAUUGUAACAUGCUCUCAUGUUGGACACGUGUUCCGUAAGGCAACCCCUUAUACUUUUCCUGGUGGCACCGGUCAUGUAAUCAACAAGAACAACAGGAGACUAGCAGAGGUCUGGAUGGAUGAGUUUAAAGACUUCUUCUAUAUAAUAUCCCCAGGUGUUGUCAAAGUUGAUUAUGGUGAUGUGUCAGUCAGAAAAGCACUAAGAGAAAAUCUGAAGUGUAAACCCUUUUCAUGGUAUCUAGAAAACAUCUAUCCAGACUCUCAGAUUCCAAGACGCUAUUAUUCACUUGGUGAGAUCAGAAAUGUUGAAACCAACCAAUGUUUGGAUAACAUGGGCCGCAAGGAAAAUGAAAAAGUGGGUAUAUUCAACUGCCAUGGCAUGGGAGGAAAUCAGGUAUUUUCUUUUACUGCUGAUAAAGAGAUCCGCACAGAUGAUUUAUGCUUGGAUGUUUCUAGACUCAAUGGCCCUGUGGUCAUGUUGAAGUGCCAUCAUAUGAGAGGAAAUCAGCUCUGGGAGUAUGAUGCCGAGCGGCUCACAUUGCGGCAUCUCAACAGCAACCAGUGUCUCGAUGAGCCAUCUGAGGAGGACAAAAUGGUUCCAACCAUGAAGGACUGCAGUGAAAGGCGUUCCCAGCAGUGGUUGCUACGUAACAUGACCUUGGGUGCCUAAAGCUAAAGAGACUUCCCAUGUUCCCUCAAGCCUUGCAAUGUGUCUAGGCUUUCAUUCUUCACUUAUUUGAAUCAGAGGAAAGGAUAUUCCCCUUCCUUUGUUCUUGGUGAAAUGAAAGGCUUUGAAGCCCUCUUAGAAGUCCAGCUAUCAGAGCAAACUCAUUUAGUUUUUUGCUUGUUAUGGCACGUUUGCACAUGCCCCUUUGAAAAUUUUGUCCAUUCAAAACAAGCACAUUAAAAGCUAUAAACAGCAUAAUAUAUGCUACUAUCAAUAACAGACACACUUGGAAAAAUAUUUCCAGAAAAACUUUUGGCCUAAUAUCAAAAGGCUUGGGAAUUUUGUUUUCUGGUUAUGUCACAUAAUAUUGCUUGAAAGUGACAUGAUGUAAAAUGCCUUAUGACACUAACUUAGUUGUGAAAGAUUAUAUCAGUUGUUUUAUAAAUGUAAUGUAUUUGUUCUGGCCCUCCAUAGCAACAUGCUAUCUAUUAGUUGCUAUCUAGUGUCAUUCGGUACUCAGUGAAGUAUUAAACUGAAAGGGUUACUGAGCAGUAAAUUUACUGUGCAUAACGAAUGUUUCAUGUUUUGUGCCAGGAACAAUGAAAUCGCUAUACAUAACAGUUCUUUAUAAAAGCAGCAAAACUGAUCAAAGAAUGCAAUAAGAAACGGAAACUGUAUCAUAAAUGAAACUUCAACAAAAAACAUUUGAAUGAUAUUAAAGAGAGUGGGCAACAUACAUGAGUAACCCAGUUUAAUGCAGAUUGGAAUUACUGAUGUAUCCUCUACAAUAGGAAGACAAAUCACUAUUGGCCUCAUUUACCCGUGUGCACCUCCAUUAACCCCAAAUGUUUGCAUGGAUGGAGAAUGGAACUGGUACCAGAAUUUGGCUGAGUCAAAAGUUAGGCUGAAGCUCAAUCUGUAGCCUCUUGCUUUGAGCAUAAAUAUAGCAGCAUGUAUCCAAGGGCAUCCAAAGUUUGGAGAUCCCUAAAAUACCUAUGCACAAAGGACGGGCUAUGGACGGACUCGGAACUUUCUUGCUUUAAUAGGUUUAUGAUAGAUGCUUAUUUAUAUUUUAAAAUAAUAGUUUGUCUCUUAAUUUCUUUUAUUCUCUUUUCUUAACAUGGAUAUUAAAAAUGUGCUACUGACAAGCUGUAGUAUCAAAGGCUUCAUAGGAACCAAUCCCAUAGCAACAAACACAGUAAGAGUUUGUAAAAGUGUUUUGUGUUGUUUUAAUACAUGUUCAUAACAGACAUUGGAGCUAAUCCAUCUCGCGCGUAUCACCACAUAAUGGAUCUGCUUUUACAAUGCUUGGACUCUGUGCAAUAGGCUUAAUGUAUGUCAUUUGCCCAGGGGCAUAAGGGUCAUGGGAGGUCCCAGCACCGCAGAGCCCGGAAUAGAGCAGCAGCCACAGAAAGGCUGCUGAGCAAUAUGGGCAGCAUCCUAUCCAGGGAUAGAUUCUAUCCCAACCAACCAUCCACACUUCCCCAAACACAGCCUGUUGCAUUGUGUUAGGAGCGGGAAGAUGAAACUGACUUCAUUUUCCGUGUACUGGCUCCUUUGGUGAAUGUGUAUUACCAGUACCAUGUAUUUGCAUACUAUGGAUUGAUAUUUCAUGCACAUUUUCUUGAUAUGGAUCAUUACAUGAAUACCAAAUGCAUAUUACAUUUGAAAAAUCAUUACUAUGCAUACACAGUAGCUGCUUUUCAAGCCCUCAUAUCUUGUCUUUUUUAACACACACACAAAUUGUUCACAUUAUAGCUUAACAGCUAUCAAAACUGAACAGGGCUAUAAUUUUACUACAUGAAAGGAACAUUACAAAAUCACAAACAAAAUCAUUUAAAUGUAGAACAAAUUAUUGCAUUUUUCAGUCAUCGCCUUUCAAAGGUCUGUUGGCCCAUGCACACCCUUAUUUCGAAAUUCAUGCUGAUAGAUCACUUAUUUGGCUACUUGCCCCUGUAACAAUAGUGGUGCUGGUGGGAAGUACUAUCAUGUCUAACACCAUUUAGCAAUGUUAGAGGAGUGCAUAUGGUGGUGCCUGCCAUCUUUUUUUUAACCUCUAAUAUUCUUAUUAAAUAAUAUCUCACUUAUCUAAUUGAAACUUGUAAAGGUUGCUAAGUACAGUUGCACUGUACAUUUCUGAUUGCACAGUAGUAUUGACAUUAUUGGAAAGUAAUGAGAGAAUGGUACAAUAUCUAGGUUGAUUUCAAGAGCUGAGUCUCAAAUACAGAUCAUGAAACUGUUCGACUUUUCUUUGCUAGGCAUGCUGUACUACAGUGUUUAAUACUUUUUCUCUGUAUAAAGUGGAUUGUGGCAAUGAAUGUGGACUGUUAUACUCCUUGAUUACAGUUGAUGCACCUUUAUUAUAUCAACAACUGCACUGCUCUAUUAUAUAUGAGCUGCUUGACUUCGAAAAAAGAAAAAAAUACAUGUUUGUUUUAUUUUAUGCUUACUGAUGGAUAAUGACACUGAGCACAGUAACAUGUUUAGAGCAGAAAUAUUGUUCAAAGGCUUGUCAGAAUUGCAUUACAGCUAGAACAUAGGCCUCAUUCUUCAAACACUUACACAUGUGCUUAGCUUUACGCGCUGUGAGCAUGCUGUUUGACUUCAGUGGGAUUAAGCCCUAAAUUUACUCCCUAUGUAAGGAGUAUAGGAACCAAAUAAGUCACCAAAAAGAAAUCUAAUAUAAGCAACUUGGCUGAGGAGAGAUGUCCUGCCACUCACCAACUGGCUAUUGUGUUGCUUUUGAGAUACUCCAGGGCCAUCUUAAAUUCUCAUGCAAUUUGAGAGAUGGUCUCUCAGCACAGCAGUGGUAUAGCAUGUCCUUAGUACUGAGGGUAGUUUAAUGAGCAUAAGACUAGGAACUUUCUAGGUUCUAAUUCCAAAUCCUACGAUUGAAUUUCUGUAUGGCAUUGGCAAGUCAUUUUGGCCAAAAUUAUUCAAAAGUGGCGUUUAAUUUUGUUUGCAUAAAUUUGUGCUGUCCAAAGUGGGAUACCCACAGAUUGAGGCACCCACAAUUAAAGGCCAUAUUUGAAAAAAAUUAGUCCUUAACCUCUGAAUCUGUCUCCCCAUCUGUAAAAUGGAGCUAAUUCUUCCCUACCUCCCAGGGUCUUGUGAGGAUUAACAAAUAGUGUUUGUACAGUGUGUUGAAAAUGUAAAGAGUUAUAUGCUAAAUAUUAUUAUUAUUACUACUAGUGGAACAGAAAUUCCAGUUCUCAUAUUUUCCAAGAGUUGCUUUCAGGGAAUGAAAGCCGGACAUGAGGCUAGAGCAACAUGUUAACAGCAUUGCUCUGGGCGUUUUGAAGGGCAGGUUAUUACUGUAAAUAGGGCAAAAGUGCUGCAGUUUCUCAUUACUCCUGUACCUUCAGGAAUUACUUGGGGAGGAGAAGACUGUUGUAAAAUAUGAGAACAAGUUAAAUUAUAAAACAGAUUGAGUUAGUUUUGACUGGAAGGGUCGUUCUGGACUGAUGUAAUGCCCUAUUCAUUGGAAUAAUUUUUUGUUAGGUUCUUGGUUUGAUUUUUGUUUUACUGCAAACUAGUAUGAAUAACAUUCCUAAGAAAGGACAAGUACUGUAUUUCUAACCUAUGUUUUCUGCAUUUUACACUUGAAAGCAAAGAUCAUAUCUGAUCACAUACCUUUUAGUUGCAUCUGAUUUGUAGAUGCUGAAUACAUGAGGCAAUUCUUGGUCGAUGCUUAAGCUUAGAGCUAUUAAAUACUGUAGAUUGUAUUGCUUUCACUGGUAUGAACAGUGUGGGGAAAUAAAAAGAACUUAAGUGUUGGUAAAUGUCACAAUCCAUAAAUCCUUAUGCAUUAUAUCCAUUAUCUGAAAUCUUUAAUGCCCAUUAUUGAGCAGGACAUCAAAAAUUUAAUUAGCUAUUGUGACAGCUAUCACUUCAGUAUUCUCUUUGUGUACCACUAACCAUCAUUCUGUUUUCUGUAUUUCAAUAUAGGAAAUAGAUAAAGUUAGCUGUUAUACUGUACGAUAUCAGAACACAUCUGGUAAGAUUACACCAUGUUUAAACUGCUACUAAAUAUAAGCUAUUGAAUGAUCUUAAGGUGUUGAAUGAACACCAGCAAUGUGUUUUAACUAGGUUAUGUGAAUUUUAGUGUCAGUGUUCUUCUUACAUUCAAUAACUUCUUAAAUCAAGUCUUGUUCAUAUAUAUUGAAGCCCCCAUUUCAUUCUCAAAUAGCAUGUAUUCAGGAGAGCUUGUUAAGUGUGUUUCUUUUCAGACAUAGCCAUUAUGAUUUUAAGUGUACAAAAUGUAUCUAUAUUUAAAAAGAAAGUUAUCUAUAAAGUAUGGACUCUUGUGUAUUUUCUGUUCUCUGUGAACUAGAAGAGGCUGGGAUAUCAGUUUAUUUAGAGGACUCACUUAUAAAGCAUCCUGAAGAAGUGCUUGAGACACACUCAAAUUAAAUUUACAAAGGUAGAUUGUGAAUAAAGAAUUACACAUUUUAAAUGUUGUAACAGUUAUUUAAUGGUCUGGUACUCUUUGCUGUAAAUUUAAAUAUUUAUACAUUUUUGUAGAAUAAAAAUAUACCAGUUUAGUUUU